AUGGUCGUCAAGAUCCGACUCGCGCGUUUCGGGCGCCGAAACUCCCCGUUCUACAAUAUCGUCGUCGCGCACGCUCGCACGGCACGCAACUCUCGUCCGCUCGAGGUGCUGGGUACCUACGAUCCCGUGCCGAAGCCUGAUCCGUACGACAAUUCGGGGAAACUGCACAAGGAUAUCAAGCUGGAUACGCAUCGGGCCAAGUACUGGAUAGGUGUGGGUGCGCAGCCGACAGAUACGGCUUGGCGACUGUUGUCGAUGGUUGGGAUUUUGCCGAAGAAGGAGUUUGGGCCGAAACCUAGUGAGAAGAAUGAGACGGUUGAUGCGGAGAAGGUGAAUAUUCGAUGA